UUACAAUACCAUACAGAGAACAAAACAGGUUACUCUAAAGAGGAGUGCUAAGGCAGCCUGCAUGAAAGACAAGGUUAAAUAAAUGAAACCACAAUGUACACAAGAUAGCAAAGUCCUAAAAUACACAAACUCCUACAUGAUCGAUGCGGCUGGAUAAAAAUUGACAGCUGCAUGGGAUAUUCCGGUCAUUUUGGGAAUCAAAGUCAAUCACUUGAUCUUCAGUCUGCCACACUGCGCUGACAGUCCUACACGGAGCCAUGCUGGUUGCAAGGGUCCUACUCAUCGGUCUGUGUUUGCUCUGUGUCCACCACAAUGAAGCAAAUGAGGGUGUCAUAUACACCGAUUAUGAUUUCAACAUCAGUGAUGUUAACAGUUUUCUUUUCGAUGUGGGUGACUGGUUAUAUGACCUCCUGGAUGAUACCAAUGCCUGUGAUCCAAACCCUUGCUUGAAAGGCGGUGUUUGCCACAUUAAAUCUGAUACAAAUUUUACAUGCACAUGUCCUGAACCUUAUGUUGGAAAGAAAUGCCAGAAAGUGAGAAAUAUUUGUGAGAACGUGGACUGUGGCCGGGGUGACUGUGUCGUCAACUUAAAGAAACCUCCCUUUUAUGAGUGCAAGUGCAAUCCUCCAUUCUACGGCCCUGACUGCAGGUCAUUGCCACCGUCACCCUGUGAACCCAAUCCCUGUCAGAAUGGAGGCCUCUGUAUAAGAGGAGGCAGACGUUUUGGCUGUGCUUGUCCUUCUGGAUAUACUGGAAGAUACUGCCAAUAUGCACCCACUGACUGCUAUGAGGGGAAUGGGGAGUCAUACAGGGGUAGUGUCAGUAUGACUGAUGAUGGCUUGGAGUGUCUGGACUGGAACUCCUACUUCAUUUUGGCAAAUGGGGAGGAUCCUUUUGAAUUGUAUGCAGACUUUCCUGGACUGGAAAACAACAACCACUGCAGAAAUCCAGAUGGGGAUAACAGACCUUGGUGUCAUAUCAAAAAGAAAGGCAAACUGGAGUGGGACUAUUGCAAAAUCAAGAAAUGCUCUGAAGAUCCUGCCAUUCCCCCGACUCCAGUGCAGCCAGUGCCAGACUCUCCUGCGUUCUCCCAAUGUGGAAGAAUCUCGAAUGUCCAGCCUACUAAACAUAGCAGGAUUCAUGGGGGCAUCAAGGCUUACCCCAGUGCUCAUCCCUGGCAGGUUUCUCUGCAGAAUAGAGCCAGAGGCUCCCCAGCAGCAUUCAGUCAUUGGUGUGGGGGGAUCCUGCUCUCUUCCUGCUGGGUCCUCACUGCUGCACACUGCAUAUCGAAUUCAAAUGAAUACCAGGUGGUGUUAGGAGGAGUGAACAUAGACAAACCUGAGGAGAUGGACCAGACCAUCCCAGUGAUAGAGACCAUUGUUCAUGAGGCCUACAGGGAAACUGAGCGUGCUCUUUAUAAUGACAUAGCUCUCGUCAAACUCAGGACAACAGAGGGCAACAUGUGCGCCAAAGAAACCCCCUUUGUGAAGGCUGCAUGUCUACCAGACCAGGUCUUCCCAGCCAAAACGGAGUGUGUGAUCUCUGGAUGGGGAGCCACUGAAACCCGCUGGUACAGCAGCGCUCUAUUGCAAGCUCGUGUGCUAAUGAUCGGUGACAAUAAAUGCAAACAGCCACAUGUUUAUGGAGAUUUGCUGGACAACAGUAUGUUCUGUGCCGGGAGUCUGCAGGGUGGCGUCGACUCCUGCCAGGGUGACUCAGGUGGACCACUGGUGUGUGAGCAGAACGGCAUACACUACGUUAGCGGUGUGGUGAGCUGGGGCCACGGCUGUGCCCGGCAGAACAAGCCUGGUGUCUAUGCCAACGUCUACCAAUUUGUCAACUGGAUCAGAAGAAAGAUGAACUGAACAGAAAAAUAAGAAACAACUUCAGCUUUGACUGCCUUGAAAAAGCUCUUAUUUCAACAGCAAUAAAAACAAGCGUUUACUCCCAGCCCAGCUUUGAGUUAAAUGAGAUCUGAUGUAAACUCUCAGACCCGAACCUGCCAGACAAAACAAAGGGCACACAUAGUUCCUUUAGGCCUUUAUUUCUUACUCACCGAGCCUCGCUCAAAGUGCACUAUUUCAGCAGACAUCAUUGGAAAACCAUGUUUUGCUUUACUAAAACAAUGAUUUACUUGCAUAUAAUCAACAACUGACAUCCAUAUGGCAAUCUCCUCCUUUACACAUUUAAUAUAUUAUACAUAAGCAAACUGCAAACUUCCCAUUAGAUAUUCUUUUCCUUUAAAAGUGAAACAGCUUGAAUUUAUUUUUCAGUGUUUUGACAUGUAAUCAAAUAUACCUUAUAUUUAAGCCUGCUAAUAAAGUUUUGCUCUGAA